AGCUCCUGCACAGGACCUUCAGAGUUUAUGGCUGGUAUCACUCACUGCUGGGAGGGUGCGCAAGCCCAGGCAGAAGACUGAUCUUUGAAAAUAUGUAUUGGGGAGAUAGUCACGUCUUGCUGAAUACCUUGUGCUGGUGCUGCCAUCGGAAAAUCUGGUUACAUUCUGGGGAGGCCUGCAGGACGGAACCUCCUCGGCCCUGACAUGCACGCCUGGCCUGAGCAGGCCCACCAUGAAUAGAUACACCACGAUCAAGCAGCUUGGGGAUGGGACCUACGGCUCUGUCCUGCUAGGAAGAAGCAUUGAGUCUGGGGAGCUGAUUGCUAUCAAAAAGAUGAAAAGAAAGUUUUAUUCCUGGGAAGAAUGCAUGAACCUUCGUGAGGUUAAGUCUUUAAAGAAGCUCAACCAUGCCAAUGUAGUAAAAUUAAAAGAAGUGAUCCGGGAAAAUGAUCAUCUUUAUUUUAUCUUUGAGUACAUGAAGGAGAAUCUUUACCAGCUCAUUAAAGAAAGAAACAAGUUGUUUCCAGAGUCUGCUGUAAGGAACAUCAUGUAUCAGAUAUUGCAGGGCCUGGCAUUUAUCCACAAACACGGCUUCUUCCAUCGGGACCUGAAGCCCGAGAAUCUGCUCUGCAUGGGGCCAGAACUGGUGAAAAUCGCAGACUUCGGAUUGGCCCGAGAGAUCCGGUCCAGGCCUCCCUACACGGACUACGUGUCUACUAGGUGGUACAGGGCUCCCGAAGUGCUUCUGCGGUCCACCAACUACAGCUCCCCCAUUGACGUCUGGGCUGUGGGCUGCAUCAUGGCGGAAGUGUACACCCUCAGGCCGCUCUUCCCUGGGGCCAGUGAAAUUGACACGAUAUUCAAAAUUUGCCAAGUGUUGGGGACACCAAAAAAGACAGACUGGCCUGAGGGCUACCAGCUUUCAAGUGCCAUGAACUUCCGCUGGCCCCAGUGCAUACCCGGUAACCUGAAGACGCUGAUUCCAAAUGCGGGCAGCGAAGCCAUCCAGCUCCUGAGAGACCUGCUUCAGUGGGAUCCCAAGAAGCGACCAACGGCCAGCCAGGCUCUGCGCUACCCCUACUUCCAGCUUGGGCACCUGCUGGGCCUCACCACGCAGAACCUGCCAGACUCAGGAAAGCCGCCGAAGGACAUCCUGGAAAAGGCAGGCCCACACAUCAAGCCAGUCCCUCCUGCCCAGCCCCUGACCAAGCCACAUGCCCGAAUUUCUUCUCGGCAGCAUCUGGCGGGCCAGGGCCCUCCUCAUCUCCUGUGCCCCUACAAAGCAGAGGCCUGUAGGACAGACGCCCCGAGCCACCUGCAGGAGGACAAGCCAAGCCCGCUGCUCUUCCCAUCUCUCCACAGCAAGAACCCUCAGUCGCACACACAGAAAAUCCUCGCUGGCCUGGAGCCCAGAAACGGUGAGAUCAAGCCCAAGAGCAGGAGAAGGUGGGGCCUCAUCUCCAGGGCCACGAAGGAUUCUGACGACUGGGCUGACGCGGAUGACUUGGACUUCAGUUCCACUCUCACCAGGGCUGACCUGAAAAACAAGAAGAGACAGAGUGAGGAUGCUCUCUGCAGGUUUGAGAGCACCCUGGACCUGCAGCCAGCUGAGCCUGUGGGCACAGGAAGCAGCGCGCCCGCACAGAAUUCCAGCCAGCGGCGUGACACGCCCACGCUGCGGGCGGCGGCCAAGCAGCACUACCUGCAGCACUCGCGCUACCUGCCUGGGAUAAACAUCAGGAACGGCGUGCUCCUAAACACAGGGAAGGACUUCCCUUCCUCGAGUCCGUGGUCCAGCUCUGCCUUGUCUGGAAAGUCUUCUGGGACAGUGUCGGUAGUCAGCAAGAUGAAUUCAGUUGGUUCCGGCUCUACAAGUUCUAGUGGACUGACUGGAAAUUAUAUCCCUUCCUUUCUGAAAAAAGAACUUGGUUCCGCUCUGCCGAGAAUACACCUGGCGCCUAUUCCAGACCCUUCCCCUGGCUAUUCUUCUCUGAAGGCCAUCAGACCUCAUCCUGGGCGACCUUUCUUCCACACGCAGCCAAGAAGCACCCCUGGCCUGAAGCCCCGGCCUCCAGCCGCCCAGCCAGUGCACGGCCGGACAGACUGGGCUUCCAAGUACCCAUCUCGGCGAUGACCAUCUUGGCAAAAGGGCCUUUGGCAGGGCCCGCUCUGUCCCUCGCCACCUGGCGCUGGCCUGUAGGCAGGGUGUGGGUGGUGUAAGGGCAAGCCAGCGCUCUGGGGUCGUUCUUCAGAGCUUCGAUAUUCUUUUUAAAAGUUUUUUUACAUAUUGAUUUGAAUGCAAUACCCUCUUUUGGUAUAAAAUUAUUUUAUUCUAAAACUAGGUCUCAUUAUUUUCUUAAAUAACAUUUUGUAUAUAUGGAUUAUGUUUUAGCAUUUUGUACCGUCAACUUUAUAAUGAACUUUUUAAAGAUUAAGUGAUUUUUCCUUUGGAGUUCCAGAUAAUAUUUUAUACGGAUUUUGAAAAAUGUAAUAAUAUUGAUGCAGUAUUGCAACAAGGUGACACUUAGGCCAUGAGACAAAGGGUCAUUUACUCGGUUCAUGCAGAUACCAGCUUGGGGUUACAUUCGUAGUGGCUUUCUUGGACUGACUUUAAGGCAGGAAUCCUUGGUUUAUCCUAGUACCGUGUCACUUUUUUGAGACCGCUGUGCUACCCUAAAGGCACUGUCGUGUCAUCCACUUCACUUUACCUCUGUUUCCUGGAACAAACAGCACUAUGAAUAUGUUUUACAAUUUUUACAGCACCCAAGACCUAAAUGAACCCAACGUUAAUCGUGCUAAGCUGGCGCAUUCUAUUUUCUUCUAUUUUUGAAGUCAAAUUGUCUAAAUACUCAUAAAAGGAAAGCUUUAUGCCAUCAAAGAGUUUCACAUAAAGGUUAACCCAGUCAGUUAAUCUUACGUUCCUGGCAAGUUGCAUGACUGAAGAAGUUUCAAAGCAGCAGCAGAUGUUUUAUUCCAAAAUCUGAGAUGGAAUUUCACAUUCACCUUAGUUCUCCAGCCCUGACAAGCCACAGCUCAAGAAUAAUCUGUGUCCUAGAUCAAUUCUCAGGACGUUUGGGGGAGCAGAGAAGACGUAGGGCAGGGCACCCACUUACCAGGAGGUCAUGGUUGCCACAAUGUUAGUGUCCACAGUGUGCCACAUUCAGACUCCUAACUUGUACAGUUUCUUUCGAAAGUAAGAACUCUGCUUGUUGCGUGGAGGCUGACCCAUUAAGAGGAAUGUUUACAGCACUUUCACAGAUGACAGAGGUAGUUUGGAAACGAAGAGGCAGAAGGCCCACUUGCAUCCAUCACUACACGCCCGUCUGCCUGUCGCGCUAUACCUUCUGGGCAACGGUGAAAGCUGCAGAAAUCCUGACUGUGUUCGGACUCGAGUUCUCCCAGGGCCCAGACGACUCUCUUUUGGUUCCAGUUUCCAGGAGGCAGCAAAGCAAGUCUCAUGAAGUAAUGAAAUUUAUAGAUGAAAGUGGUAGGUCAAGGAGGGCGCAGACACGCCAUGUGAUUCGGCCUGACGGGUUGGUAGAUGAUCGUCUGGUGUAUUAACAACGUGUUGCAGCCUCGAGCAAGUUACCAUGACUCAGAAGGGCUCAUACCUAAAGUCCAGGAGUGACGCACACGUUGGAGAAUCCAACUCCAGCGCCUGGGGGCCUGCAGGGCGGGAGAGACGAGUGGAUGCGGAUCGGGUGGGCAAGGCUGGCCUGCUAACGCUGAAGGCAAAGCUUCCGAAACUAUGUGCAAGCACAAUUGAGCUGCAUUCCUUUCUGUAUUAUAGUCUCCAUUUAUUAGCUAAAGAAGCAGCAGAAUAUGUGUUCUCAGAGACGAGUCCUUUACUGUGAGGUUACUAUUUAUUUUCUCUUUCUGUAUUAUAUAUAGAAAAUAAACUAAGCUGAAAGCUUACCCAGCUUUCUGGAAAGCUGGUUUUAGAUUGUAAAUAUUCCGUAGAGAUGCGGACGGAUUGGCAAGCCCAUAUUCUCUGCACUCUAGCCUGUGUUUAGGACAUUACAUUUUUUAUAUCAGAAAACCUAGUUACUUGAUUAUUACAUAUCUUAAAAUUGUUUUCCUGCACUGUUGUGGAGCCCAGUUCCCGGAGCACUUCAUGUUUUCUUCCAUCUCCUCUUUUCCUUAACCGGCAAACAGCUUCCCCUGGGAAGUGAACCACAUGCAUUCACCUGGACACGAGAUGCUGGUCCACAGAUGA